AUGACCGCACGUUUCCGGUUGCCUGCUGGCAGAACCUACAAUGUCCGAGCAUCUGAGCUGGCACGAGACAGACAGCAUACAGAGGUGGUCUGCAAUAUUCUACUCCUAGAUAACACUGUACAAGCAUUUAGAGUUAAUAAACACGAUCAGGGGCAAGUUCUGUUGGACGUAGUUUUCAAGCAUCUUGACCUGACCGAGAGAGACUAUUUUGGUUUACAAUUGGCUGAUGAUUCAACUGACAACCCGAGAUGGCUGGACCCAAAUAAGCCUAUCAGGAAACAGCUGAAGAGAGGAUCUCCUCACAGCUUAAACUUCAGAGUCAAGUUUUUUGUGAGCGAUCCUAAUAAGCUGCAAGAAGAAUACACACGGUACCAAUAUUUUUUGCAAAUUAAGCAAGACAUUCUUACUGGAAGAUUGCCCUGUCCUUACAAUACUGCUGCACUUUUGGCUUCCUACGCUGUUCAGUCUGAACUGGGAUCUUACAACCUUUCGGAGAACCUCCCAGGCUACCUCUCAGAGUACUCAUUCAUCCCUGGCCAGCUGCAAGACUUUGAAAAAGAAGUAUCCAAACUACAUCAACAGCAUAUAGGCUUAUCUCCUGCUGAGGCAGAAUUUUGUUAUCUCAAUACAGCCCGAACCUUGGAACUCUACGGGGUUGAAUUGCACUAUGCAAGGGAUCAAAGUAACAAUGAAAUUAUGAUUGGAGUAAUGUCAGGAGGCAUACUAAUUUAUAAGAACAGGGUACGAAUUAACACCUUUCUAUGGUUGAAGAUUGUAAAAAUUUCCUUUAAAUGCAAGCAGUUUUUUAUUCAACUUAGAAAAGAAUUGCAUGAAUCUAGAGAAACUUUACUGGGAUUCAACAUGGUGAAUUAUCGAGCAUGUAAGAAUUUAUGGAAAGCUUGUGUAGAACAUCAUACCUUCUUCCGGUUAGACAGACCACUGCCACCUCAGAAGAACUUUUUUGCACAUUAUUUUACUUUGGGUUCAAAGUAUCGGUACUGUGGAAGAACAGAAGUUCAGUCUGUACAGUAUGGUAAAGAAAAGGCAAAUAAGGACAGAGUAUUUGCCAGGUCCCCUAGUAAACCUCUGGCUCGCAGAUUGAUAAGCGGGAUGGACUGGGAGGUUGUCAAAGUUCCCAUAAUAGACAAAAAGUAUCUUGGAGGCUUGCAAAUUACUGUGCCAAGAAUUUUGAUUGGCAACACCUUGUUUCAUCAGGAGCGUGAAGCUUAUGAACAUUUGACACUUAAUAGUCAAGAAUUGGCCCUCCCUGGUUUGACAAGGACUGAAAAUGCUUCAGAAAAGAUUCGCAACUGUGCAUUUACUCAGGAGGGAAAUCGGUUACGGCCAUCUUCAGUUGGACAUCUGGUGGACCAUGUCGUUCAUACUUCUCCAAGUGAGGUUUUUGCAAAUCAUCGAUCUCCUUCUUCCACACAGGCAAACAGCAUCAUUCUGGAAUCAUCACCUCGCAACUGUGCAUUUACUCAGGAGGGAAAUCGGUUACGGCCAUCUUCAGUUGGACAUCUGGUGGACCAUGUCGUUCAUACUUCUCCAAGUGAGGUUUUUGCAAAUCAUCGAUCUCCUUCUUCCACACAGGCAAACAGCAUCAUUCUGGAAUCAUCACC